AUGGGGGUGCGCGAAUGUCCCGCCCUGCCGCUCCUGCUGUCCCUGCUGUUUCUUCCUCUGGGUCUCCCAGUCCUGGGCACCCCUGCACGCUUCAUCUGUGACAGCAGAGUCCUGGAGAGGUACAUCCUGGAGGCCAAGGAGGCCGAGAAUGUCACGAUGGGCUGUGCAGAUGGCUGCAGCCUAAGUGAGAAUAUCACUGUCCCAGACACCAAGGUUAACUUCUAUGCCUGGAGGAGAAUGGAGGUUGGGCAGCAGGCUGUAGAAGUCUGGCAAGGCCUGGCCCUGCUCUCAGAAGCCAUUCUGCGGAGCCAGGCCCUGCUGGCCAACUCCUCCCAGCCAUCAGAUACUCUCCGACUGCACAUAGACAAAGCUGUCAGUGGCCUGCGCAGCCUCACCUCCCUGCUCCGAGCGAUGGGAGUCCAGAGGGAAGCCGUCUUGCCUCCAGAUGCAGCCUCCGCUGCUCCACUCCGGACAUUCACUGUUGAUACUUUGUGCAAACUCUUCAGAAUUUACUCCAAUUUCCUCCGGGGAAAGCUGAAGCUGUAUACAGGGGAGGCCUGCAGGAGGGGGGACAGGUGA